AUGAUAUCGAAUUUAAAAAAUCUCAAUGUCGAAGACGAGAACGGUGCACAGUUUGCGGUUGGGUACGAGCGAAAAAUUCAUAUCGGAAGAAACGUUUGGUUGCCAUCUCAAGUGUAUGACACUGCAGCGUGCAUUAGCAAGACUCCUAGCAUGUUUGUAAAGAACAUCGCAAUCGCCGUUUUUGGAUGCACGACUUUGAGAAACAGUUCGGUAACGGGGAAGAUCUCGAAUAGGCAAAAGGGCAAACGUAAUGAUGUCAAGCCCAGGCCCAAAUUGGAGACAAAACGUUUAGAGGCAAUAAAAGAUAUUCUGUGCUAUUGGCUGCGAACGGCGAAGAACUACAAUUCGGUAGCUAUUGAUCUCGAAGCUAGUCAAGUAGGGAAGCACGUGAGCCAAAAAAAAAUAUACGAAUUGAAUCGAGUUAAAGACUCUGGAACGACUUUAGAAGCUGUUAUUAAUGUGACUCAUCCGGACGAAAUAUAUGAUGAUGAAACGAUGGCAGAAACCGCGAAGUGUGACAAUGUGGCAGAAAUUUCCCCCAAUUCCUCGUUGGGUAGCGCUCCACAAGACUCACCACAUAUCACUGCAAGCGAAAUUCCCCAAGAAUCUGUGGUGCACUCAGAUUUCGAUGAGAUGGAUUAAUACGUCCGGUUUACAUAAAACUCAAUUUUGUUCCUGUAAUUAAUCUUACUGAAGUUUUAUGCAAU